CCCUAGGAAAGACGCAGGCACAUAGAGGAAAACACUUAUUCUUUGUGCAACAGAAUCAUACUAAUCGAACACCUCCCUCUACGCCAUUACCAAAACCACCACCCCAGAAAUGGCGCUAUCCGCAACCGCCCUCCAAGAGAUCCGCGACGUCCUCGUCACCAUAGCCAAAGAAAGCGGCCAAAUCAUCCUCUCCGCGCACCCCAACACCACAGACACCACGACCAAAAAGAACACCACAGACAUAGCCACCGCGACCGACCUAGCCGUCGAGACGCACAUCCGCGGACGCCUCAAAACGCAGUACCCGCACUACGCCUUCAUCGGCGAAGAGAGCUUUACGCCAGGCAGCCCCAUCCCCAGCACCCCCACAUUCAUCGUCGAUCCCAUCGACGGGACCACGAACUUCGUGCUGCACUUCCCCGACGUAUGCGUGUCGAUCGGGCUCACAGUAGACGGCACGCCCACCGUCGGCGUGGUGUACAACCCCUUCCUCGACGAGCUGUACACCGGCAUCUCCGGGCAGGGCGCACACCUGACCCGCGCGAACCGCGCGCCGCAGAAACUGCCGCUGCAUUCCGGGCCGCUGGUGGGGCUGCGCAGCGCGUGCGUCGGGCUGGACUGGGGCAGCGACCGGGAGGGGCCGAACUUCUUGCUGAACCUGCGCGUGUUCGAGACGCUGGCGCGCAGUGCCGCUACAGGCGGCAAGUUCGUGCCCGCGCUGCGGUUUACGGGGUCUGCCGCUAUGACAAUUUGUCGUAUUGCUGCGGGCCAGCAGGACAUGUUCUGGGAGUGCGGCUGCUAUGCCUGGGACGUGGCGGCUGCGUGGUGCAUUUUGAGUGAGGCGGGCGGCUUGGUCGUCGAUGCGCAUCCUGGGAAUUGGAAUCCGCGGGUCGAUAAUGAAAGGUUUUUGGUUGUGAGACCCGCGGUGCAGGGGCAGAGGGAGAUUGUGGAGGAGUUUUGGGGCGUGGUUGGUGAGGAGAGGAGUACGUAUGGUCCUAGUUGAUGGGCUGGAUGGCUGGGGCAUAUGUGGUAUGAUUUGCUGGAAGGAUAAGGCGCAGUGACUACUGCCCAAAGGAACACAGGUCCAAUUCUAGAUCAAAACUGCCGGCUUCUAGCACAAGAUUUCUUGCUUCUUCGCUCAUCUCAGC